AUGAGUUUUGUUUGGAAAACAGACGCAGAUUUUGAAUACUUGCUUGUUCCUAAUGCCAGCUGUCAUUUCGAAAGUGGUAAGUUCUUUCAGAAUUUUUUCAUAAUAUAGUAAUUUUCCAGAUUGCCGUGAAAAGAAAAGUAUAAAGUGUUUGAAAAAUACAGCUUUUCUGUCUAUAUAAAGAAGACUGAAUUUUUAUGGUAUACGGGAAACACAAUUAUAAAAGAAAGGCUAAAAACUAAAUUUCUUUUAAAAGUAAUUGCUAGUUUAGACCUUUUUAAAUCAAAUUUCACGUAUGUUGCUCAAAGUAAAUUUAAGAAACUUUCUUGAAGCACAAUCAUUAAAAACAAACAGUCCACGUGUAAAGAUUGGAGCAAAAUCGUGGCCAUCCCUUCUACGCGAAACUGCUUAAAAUUAAAACUAGAUGCAUGAUAGGAAAAAAAGAAAACAAGGAAACAACUUAUUUAACCAUUUUCCUUCCUAUUUUUAGAUUUGUUGGAGAAUACAUUGAAAACCAGGCCCCAGCUCUUUGAGUUCAUUCUCGACAUCUUGUCAAACCCUUAUAUGUCUUCAAUCAUGUCCUGGGAGGGGACUGACGGGCAGUUCGUUAUCAUACGCCCCGACCACGUGGCACGGCUUUGGGGUGAAAGGAAUGGCCGAAGAAACAUGACCUACCAAAAAUUUAGUCGGGCACUGCGUUAUUACUACCACAAGAAGGUUUUGACCAAGAUUAGAGGUCAAAAAUACACGUACAAGUUCAACUUGCAAGAGCUUGAACGACGGUAUGGAUACACAGAUAUAUUGCCUCUCGCCACAAGCGAAUCUCAUGGAAAUGGCGGCAGAAUUAUUUCCCCCUCUGGUGCCCGAAUUUGUGAUGUCUUGCCCGCAAGUUCUCAUGUAAUGAAGUUCGCAUCUCACGAAAUCCCUGAUACACCUUUUGAACCCUUUGUUUAUUCACACUGUUUCCCUUUCUUCUUUGAUUUUAAUCAAGACUGA